AUGUCCAAGAAGACGACGCUGCAGAUGACGGUGGGCGAGGAGACCCCGACGUGCUGCUCCCAGCUGGCCGAGCUGCCGCGGGGCCGCGCCAAGGGCACGUGCACGGGGGCGGGCGGCAGACUGGUGGUGGCGGAACUGCCGGAGAACCACGCCACGGUGCAGGUGGACAACCGGGACCCGUGCCGCUCCAGGAUGGUGCUGACCAUGGACGACAUGUCCAUCUCCAUGGAGCAGUCGAGCUGCAGCCGCGCCACGGGGGCCCGCAACUCGAGCGUGACCACGCUGUGCGUCCAGACGGCCAAGCCGCCCCCGCCGCCCUGCUGCCGCCACCACCCCUGCCACCACCUCUGCCACCACCAGUGCCACCCGCACUGCCACCCACCCAGGACCGUCCUGGAGACGCAGCUCGUCGUCAAGAACGCCCACGACGAGGACAGCCUUGACGUGCUGCUCGUCGGCAACAUGGACUGCAGGCACGUGCUCAAGACCCUGAGCCGACUGCACCGCCACGCCGCCGCCCUGGAGGACGACGGCCAGGGCGACGGCCAGGAGGAGGGCGGGCGGCCGCGGCGACGCAAGGUGCGCUUCUUCGUGGCCGAGACCGUCAUGGAGCUGGUGGCGCGCCAGCUGCUGUUCAUCCUGGCGGCGCUGGAGCCGCCCGACCGCCUCGGCAGGACGGAGAAGGUGCGCCUGCUGCUGGAGCUGAUGGGCAACUCGUUGGUGCGGCCGAGCACGGCGCUGUGGCUGCGCAACGCGUCCAGCCUGCUGGUGGACUUGGUGACGGACCCCGACGCGCUGCGGCGCCGCCUGCCCCUCGUGGACCUCAGCCACCUGCGGCACCGGGACCGCGACCGCCUAGAGGAGGUGCUGGCCUUCUACCAGGAGCGGCCGCAGAACUUCCGGGUCGGCUACCACUGGGACCAAAGGCUGCGGCGCCACUUCGGCACGCGCUACGACAGCCGGGCCGGCGCCUACGACUGGGACUACCACAUGGUGCUGCACGACCUGCCGGCCGGCGACAAGGUCUGCGUGCACGAGUACCGCCACUGGAGGGAGACCGGCGUGGCCUUCACGUGGCUGGAGGCCGAGCAGUCCGAGCCCAACCUGUCCCUCGCCGCCGGCAUCGUCCGCGAGGGCUGCCACCUGCUGCACGGCGGCUACCUGGGGGACAUCGUCGCGUCGCCCUUCAUCGCCUACGCCAUCGAGCUGGAGCCCGAGGACGCGGCCGAGGUGUUCCGCAAGGCCAACGACAAGUACGUGAGCAGGUCCACGGACGCGGCGGAGCGCCACCUGAACAGGAUCACAUACGAGCUGCAGCAUGGCCAGGACUACCAGCCGACAGAGGAUCCUUCGAGGGGCAACGGCGGCGUCGUACUCACCCGCGUGACGGACGAGUCCCGCCUGGACCCGGCGGCGCCUCCUGAGGAGGACGACCAGACCCUGCGCAAGGUGCGCCGGUCCGCCGACAUGAAGGGCUACGCGCCGUUGCCAGUGGAGAACGCCGAGGUGGUGUUCCUGUCACCCAAGUUCCUGCAGGCGCCGCGCGAGGGCCGCGCGAGUUAA